GAAACGCAUUGAAAAUGGAAAUGAACUAACCCCCACUUUAUUACAUGGUUCAAAUAAAAAUUAUGUCUCAUGAAUUUAUAAAUCUUAAAACAAAGGUCCGAUUUGUACGCGGUUCAUCAACAAUCACCGUAAGAACGCGUCUCAAGUUGCGAAGAUGUAAAUAUCGAGCCUGCGAGCGGACCAUGAAGGCAUCACCAAACUCCUCUGCCAGGCUACUUGUUAAACGUGACAGAGCGGCAGAGUUCAGAGUUACCGAUGCAGGAAGGUGUGAACUUCACUCAAAAGCCAGCGCAAAAUCUUUGUCAGAUAAACUGGACACUUCUGUUUACUUCUGUGGUUCCACCAGUGGACGCAGCAUCCACUUUUCAAUUUGUAAGUCCUAUUUUUAUUCCUUUUUCUAUACUUUUAUAUGUGAGCGUUGAUGUGAAGGGCAGCACCGGUGUGACCCAGACAUGGCUGAGGCGCCCCCACCACAGGUACAGCCUGUCGAUAUUGACCCGGACUUUGAGCCCCUGCCCCGCCCGCGGUCCUGCACCUGGCCCCUGCACCGCCCGGAGCUCGUUGACCCCGCCGGGUCCAACACAUCCUCCCCGGCGCCGUCAGUGCAGCAGGAGCCCGGAGGAAACGCGGAGUUCAUCAGCAGCCUCUGCUUGUUGGAAGAGAACUAUGAAGAAUACGCAGAGGAUAAAACACAUUGCCAUGUUUUUCACCACCACCACCAACAUCAUCAUCAUCAUCAUCAUCUGCAGCAGCAGCAGCAGCAGCAGCAGCAGCUGCCGGGUCCCCAGCUGCCGCCUCAGCAACAGGUGUCUCCUUCAGGGGUCCCAGCCUUGGGCGCCUCUGGUCAGAGGAAGAUCAGCUCGUCCCGUCGCAACGCCUGGGGUAACAUGUCCUACGCUGACCUCAUUACCAAAGCCAUAGACAGCUCACCUGAGAAGAGGCUGACCCUGUCUCAGAUCUACGACUGGAUGGUGAAGAGUGUGCCCUACUUCAAGGAUAAGGGAGACAGCAACAGCUCUGCGGGCUGGAAGAACUCCAUCCGACACAAUCUGUCGCUGCACAGCCGCUUCGUGCGCAUCCAGAAUGAAGGGACGGGGAAAAGCUCCUGGUGGAUGCUGAAUCCUGAAGGAGGAAAGAACGGAAAGUCGCCUCGACGCAGAGCCGUCUCCAUGGACAACAACAACAAAUUUGUCAAGAGUAAAGGAAGAGCCACAAAGAAAAAGAUGUCUUUACAGGAAGGCGUGGAGGGGGAAGGAAGCAGCCCAGGCUCCCAGUACUCCAAUUGGCUGGGAAGCCCAAACUCCCACAACAACGAGGACUUUGAAGCCUGGAGCUCUUUCAGAACCCGCACCAGCUCCGACGCCAGCACUCUGAGUGGACGUCGUUCUCCGUUUCCCUCUGAGCAGGAGGAUCUUGUGGAGUCUGACGGACACAUGCUGUUCCCCGCCGCGUCUGGGACCAAGAUAACCUCCAGCCUUCCCAGCCUCUCCGAGGUGUCUGGAUCCUUGGGCCAACACGGCUCAGAAAGGGUCAUGGAGAGCUUGCUGGAUAACCUCCACCUGCUGUCCCCUAAACCCCUCCAGCACGGCUCGGACUCGCCGCGUUCCCCGAACACCGCCAGGCUUCAGAGCGGCUCCUAUGGCUCUCCUGGCCUGAGCCAGGACUACAGUAAGUGCAUGUACAGCCAGGUGAGGCUGAACUCUCUGUCGCCUGUUCCCAUGCAGACACUUCCGGAGAACAAGCCUGGCUUUGGAGGUUAUGAGAACCAGUACAUCUCUCCAGCAGGACUCCUCAAAGAGCUACUGACCGCUGACGCAGGCUCCAGUAGAGACAUUAUGCCUCCCAGUGACAGACGGGUGUCUGACACUGGGAGGGUAAGUAGUGUCAUGUCCGCUUACAGCAGUCACAACCAUAUAGCGAGUCAUCCUGGUAUUAAAAUAAUUACCCCUCCUCAGAGUCACCCAGGUCUACACGUAAACCCACAAUCUAUACAUAGCCAAGGUCCUGCUCCCUCAAGAGACUUGAAUAGUUGCAACAUGAUACCCUUGGCUAGCCUGACUACUGUCUCAGGGGCUCCGCAACGACUGAACAGGCUGAGAACUUGCAUGCAGCCUCCGCAAGGACAUCUUGCACACACUAACAACUUUCCAGCGAACUACACCAACAGCUACAAGGAACUGAACUUGGUUCACCCUCACAGCCAUCAUCAGGAGCGGCUACCCAGCGACCUGGACAACAUGCCCAUCGAGAGGCUGGAAUGUGACCUGGAGUCGGUCCUCCAUGACACCCUGAUGGACGGCGGGGCACUAGACUUUAAUUUCGACCCUGCAGCUGGAUUUCCCCAGAGAGUGAAGAGCACCUCGCACAGCUGGGUGUCUGGUUAGGAUUCGUCAGUGGAAGAUAAAGAGGAGGAAUUAGUGCCACCUUGGACGGUAGCAUGCAAGGGAAAUGUGUAAAUAUAGAAAUCGUUCUUCUCUACAUAACAUUGUAAAGAAAGGCCUGCCUCUACUGUAUCAUAUUUAAGACUAAAGCUGUAUAAUUAGCAUCCUGUCUUAGAGAUUAAAGCCAUUAUGAAAUGAGAUGUUGAACUGUUAAGAUGACAUUGCUGCAUAAGCCAGUAAAUAAGACUUGUGUACAUUUUUUUGUUAAAAUUGAAAACAUAUAUAGUUUUUGUUUUACUGUAACAUACAAAAAACUGAAGACUUUUCAUUCUGACCACCACAGUGAGGUUUAGAGUGAUCUGUUUAGCACAAAAGUUCAAAAUUUAAAGUUACAUAAAAACUGUUUAUUGACCACUAGAUGAUGGUGAAAUUUAGCUAUAAAUCUUUAAAGGUUAAGGACCCAGAUGUGUGUAAAGUAUGUGUAAGAAGUUUUAGCACAAUGGUAAAAGUGGGGGAAAUCACCAGAAUAUCAAUGUAAUAAAAUUUUUAAAUAACAACACGAAAGAAAUGGAGUUAAGCUGGACACCUUUACGAUCUUUUCUGUGCCAGUUGGGAAGAUGUAACCCAACAUCAUUCUGCCCAGACACAAUAUUAAAGUGAAAUGUUUCUGAAUCCAUAAUCUCCUCCCUCAAGCUGCUGUCACACUGUUUCUUAUUCUUCCAUCCAGAUGAAGGAUGUAAAUAUUAGUGUGCUGCUGCAUAAGCACAGAGUAUGUUGCCUUUGCUGAGAUUUCACUGUCUUGUUCUUUUUCUUCAGUGCCUGAUAACGCCCUGACCAUCUAGAGAUGAAAGUCUGAUUCGCUGUCCAUAAAUUGUUCCUGAGUGGUCAAAUAAGCAGAAAUACUCAAAAAGAAAUAAGUCAGAGCCUCCUCUAGCUGGCGCCACUUCCAGUGUUUGGUACACCGAAUAGCAAAUCUUCACCAGCGCAGACAGAGCUUCUGCACAUCAUGUCAGAUAAUGAUUAGGUAACAUUAUUAUUGGCUCAGAGCUGCAGAGUAUGUAUUUUACACUAAUAGAUGCAAAUAAAGUCAAAGGUUUAGCGUUAUUUAAUCAAAACUAGGCGAUGUAAGCCGCUGAAAUGCAAGGCAGGUACAGAACAGGGCAACGGAGUAUUAUGAGUGAGGAAGAGGAGUCAGGUGGAGUUGAUGAUUAGCUUAAUGGUUUUGGUUUUUGAGGACCCGCUGCAGCCAAUCAACCAACCUUCAUGGAUGGAAACUAAGCUGGUUGCAAACAUCAGAACUUUUUAGUGGCGUCUUUAACGUAAAAUGCUUCCAGUACUCCAGAUGAAAAUUUAAAAAACAUCUUAUUUUCCAGUGGAACGUUAUAAAACAUGAUAUCUGAAAUUAACCCAGCAUUGAUACAUUCUGAAUGAAGGUAUUUAUUGUUUAUUUCAUAAUUAUAGAUGAUAGAUUCCCUCUUUGUGCUUUACUGGUGUGUAAAUACAUGUGAGUGUGCUGUGUGUGCAAAAGGGUGAAUCGUAUUAGAUUUGCUUUUGUUGUUCUUCAUUUAUAGCAAACUUCUUUCAACAAAUUACAUUACAGAAACAGAAGAAAUGCCACCAUGUAUGUAUUAUAUUUAGAAGAAGUUGCAUAUAUUUCAAUCAUUUGUGAUUGUUUUUCUCUUAUGUGUAAUUAUGUUUUAUGCAGUAGAUAAUUGUUGUUUUGUCAGUAAUGGUUUUCUUGUUAAUAUGUCAUUUUAGACAAACUGUGGAUUUAAAAGUAAAGGUGAUUAUUUUUUGUAAACUUGUUUCAACACAUUUUUUUUAAUCAAACAUUUUAAUGUUUAUCUAAAGAAAGGGAGAUUUUAAAAAGACUGAAAAGGUGAAAUGUUUGAUUUAUUCUCUCUGAUGCAGUGAGAAAAAUUGUUUAUGAUGGGAAGAUAGCAUUCAUAGAGUCAGACAAGGUUCAAUAACAUUCAGUCAACAUCAUUAAGGACGAAUCGUCGAUUAAAUGUUGCGCCAAAUAGUUGCUGAAGUAAACCUGAACGUGUGUGCUUCUCUGUGCCUUCGCCGUCUCACAGACAUCAACUCUUCUACGAAUUUGUUUAUGAAUUUUAAGAAACUGGAACGUAGCUAAAGAUGCAUCACGCCUGGUUGUUUACAUAUUUCAGUCUAAACUACAGAAAUGCAUAUGUGAACCAUCAUACCUCGAAAUGUUUUACCUCUUAAGUAUUGAAGAGAUUUUACUGCUGUUUUCCUCAAUAAGUUGGUUUUUUACUUUGCACUCAUUUUUGACUUAUUGUGUUGCAUAAUUACGUGGUUUUCUGUCUUUUUAUUUUUUUAUUGAUGAGAUUUGAGUGAGGCAUCCUAUCAA